GUCUCCAUUUUCCAACCAACCAAUCUCCAAUUUUGAUUUUUCUCCCUUCUAAUAAAUAAAUGAACAAAACUACAAUUCCAAAUUUCCAAUUUAUUUCCUUCCAUUUUAAAAUAAAAAUAAAAAAUAUAAAAAAUCCCUCUAUAAAAUUUCCCUUAAUUUCUUCAAAAACAUUUCUUCCUCCUCUUUCUCUCUCUAACAAACUCUCCACCAUCAUCUCUCCACCGCCUCAACUCGCCGGAACUUCGCCGCAUUUUCUCUCUCCUCCGCCGGAAUCACCGUCAAUGGCGGCGAAGAACGUGGAGGAGCUUACCUCCGGCGCAAGCGGCAGAAUUAUUCCUCUCUUUCACCGAGCUAAAUCAAUGGCGCUUCUCCUCUUUCCAUCCUACAAUUUCCUCAAAAAAUUCAUCAUUCUUUUCUACUCUUCCUUCCUUUGUUUCCUCCUCCUUCUUCUGCCGCGUUCUCAACGGUUUUCGGAGUCGGAGUCGGAGUCGGAGCCGCGGCCGGCGGCGAAGUUCCGGCGGAGGAGAUUGUUGGAAGAGGAAGAAGAUACACGGCGUCGUCGUGCGCUUGCUGAAGCGUUGGAGAUGAUGCCGGUUAAGAUUGAUGGAAAAGAGGAGAGAGAAAGUGUUGAGGAUUGUCGUUGGAGUACUUCGCUUUUCUUUGGUGUUCGACGAAAUGCCCUUUUUUGCCGGUCUUGGUUCCCGGUUUCCGAUAAUCCCAAGGGCAUUAUCAUAAUCAUUCACGGACUUAAUGAACACGGUGGAAGAUAUGCUCACUUUGCAAGGCAAUUAACCUCUCGCAACUUUGGGGUGUAUGCUAUGGAUUGGAUAGGCCAUGGUGGUAGUGAUGGGUUGCAUGGGUUUGUUCCCUCCCUUGAUAAUGUUGUUGCUGAUACGGCCGCUUUCUUGGAGAAUGUUAAACUUGAGCAUCCUGGGGUACCUUGCUUCCUGUUUGGUCACUCUACUGGAGGUGCGGUGGUUUUAAAGGCAGCUUCAUAUCCUCACAUUGAAAGAAUGGUUGAAGGAGUUAUAUUGACCUCACCUGCUUUGCGUGUGAAGCCAGCACAUCCUGUGGUCAAGGUUGUAGCCCCUGUGUUUUCCUUGGUUGCUCCAAGAUUCCAGUUCAAAGGUGCCAAUAAAAGAGGCAUUCCAGUUUCCAGGGACCCAGCUCAACUUCUUGCAAAAUACUCUGAUCCGCUGGUUUAUACUGGUCCCAUAAGGGUCCGAACUGGGCAUGAGAUUUUGCGUAUCACUGCUUAUCUGACACGCAACUUCAAAUCUGUCACUGUACCAUUCUUUGUUCUUCAUGGAACUGCAGAUAGGGUGACUGAUCCACUGGCUUCUCAGGAUCUCUACGAUCAAGCAGUCUCCAACUUCAAAGAUAUAAAGCUUUAUGAUGGCUUCUUGCACGACCUCCUCUUCGAACCUGAGCGAGAAGAAAUUGCAUGGGACAUUAUCAACUGGAUGGAAAAGAGGCUAGACGUGGUUCAGGACUUUGGAAAAUUAGUUGAUUGAUUAGGUGUUACUCAACAUUCAAAAAAAAAAAAAAAAAGAUUGGUGAUUGCUAAUCAGUAAUCACUGUGAAGUGUUUAUAGUACUUCUGUCCUGCAUAAAUUGUGACGCUGAUAUCGUAAUCUGAACUCAUAACAGCAUGUGGCAAGUAUGUUUGGACAGAGGUAGUAUUUGUUUUGAAAAUAAGUGUGGAGUCUGUAAAUUGUAUAGCAUAUAGUCAGGCCUUUUUGGUAGAUUGGUGUGUCCGAUUACAGUUGCAAACUGUUUUCUGGCAAAUUUGCCUUCAAAACGUUUGCUGUGAUCUGUAUAUGUAUAUGAUAUGAAACUGUCGUUUUAGUUGUUUUGGGGUGUCCUGUAGUCUACCUGGAUUUCGAUGAAAGCGGAACGUUUGUACUUUGUACAGGUCUAGGUGUAAACAGUCUUACUCGCAAUGUAGAGAGGCUGAUUAAUCUUAAUACAUAUCUUUUUGUUAAAAACUCGAAAUAUUGGGUAUUUAUAUAAAUAUAUAUAAUUUUUUUGGUA